CCCUUCGGUUGCCACGGCAACGCUGAGGCCGCCCUGCCCGGCGGGUGUGGGCCGACGGAGGGCGGGGACAGCGGUGCGGCGAGCUGGGCUCGGCGCCGGCCCGGGGAACCUCGGCUGCGUUCGUGCCUCCGGUAGAUGCUGGCAGCAGCCGAGGUGGCAGAGCGGUCAGAGGAUGCAGGCCGGGCCUUGCAGCCGGAAGGAAGUGACGCCGUGGCGGGGGCUGUGCGCCGAGCUGGGCUGCAGGGCAGCGUCCCGGGGUCUUUCCAUCCCUGUCAUUUCCAUCUGACGCAAAAGAGGUCAGAGCCGACGGUGGAGCUAGCACCAAGGGGUUCCCAGAUGGGAUCAGUUCUUCAGUGAGCACUGAAGGUGCUGAGGACUUUUCUGAUAAAAGUGAGCACGCUUCAGCCAGCAGCAAGAGCUGCAAUGACUUGCAUUGCAAAGAAGUGUGGCAUUCGCUUUCAGCCUCCGUCUGUGAUCCUGAUCUACGAAGAAAAGGACAAGACUCGCCGGCGCAUCAUGCCUGUCAGAAAUUUCUCCCAGUUCUCAGAUUGCGGCAUUGCUGCUGAGCAGCUGAAGAAUAACCCUCGGCACAAAGCUUACCUGGAAGGAGUCUCACUACAUCAGCUAAAGAAGCUGCACAGUUUGCUAAAAGGGCACCUGGGGGGAGAGAGUCUGGCUGAGAGCCUGGAAAAGAUUCAGCGGGAAGAGACCAUUGACCCCGAGGAGGACAUGAACAAACUGGAUGACAAGGAGCUAGCCAAAAGGAAGAGCAUCAUGGACAAGCUCUUCGAAAAGAACAGGAAGAAGAAGGGCGACCCAGACUUUAUCUACGAUAUUGAGGUCGAAUUUCCACAGGAUGAGCAGCUGGAGUCCUGUGGCUGGGAUGCGGAGUCAUGUGAAGAAGUCUGAUUCCAGACCAACACGACCUGGAUGGGCAGAGACAGGUCCCAUAUUCCUAGCAGAGAGAACAGUGUCAUCCUGCUUCCUCUACUGCAGCAUCUUCUGUUUGUGCAGUUGAUCCACUUAUGCACUUUACACUAGCCACAAAGAAUCUGAGGCCUACGAUAUUACAGCGGUUUCAGGUUUAUAUACAUUUUAAGAAGCUGAACUGAGAAGCUGAAAUGAGACAGCUGAACUUGGCUGUUUUUACUUUUUUCCUAUGUAGGAGUGCCCAAAAUAAUUUUAAAUUAUUUAUCUUUCAUUUGUUUACAUUUCAGUCAGCUCUGGCUGAAAACCUCACCAUGUUUUCCUGUGAAUUCUGUUCAGCUUUGCCUGAAAAUGAAAUGUUAAAUAUUUAUAUCUUGGAAGCAAUAUUACAUUUGAGUGUAUGCAUGUGGCAUUUA